GCGGACGGCCCGGAGAUGGUGACACAGUGCCCCAUCCGCCCCGGCAGCCGCUACACCUACCGGUACAAUGCGACCGGGCAGGAGGGGACGCUGUGGUGGCACGCGCACAGCUCCAUGCUCCGCGCCACUGUCUAUGGUGCGAUCGUCAUCAAGCCGAGGAGCGGCGACCAGGGGUACCCGUUCCCCAAGCCUAAAAAGGAGGAGAUCAUCCUGCUGGGCGAGUGGUGGAAUCAGAACGUCUUCGACCUGGACCGCGAGGCCUUCCUCACUGGAAUCCUGGUGGAUCGGGCCGACGCGUAUACCAUCAAUGGCAUGCCUGGGGACAUGCACAAGUGUCCGGGCAGUAACCGCAAGCCAAGAACCUUCAAGCUCAAGGUGCAGAGCAAAUCGACGUACCUGCUUCGGAUCAUCAACGCAGCGGUGAACACGCCCAUGUUCUUCAAGAUCGCCGGCCACAACUUCACCGUCGUGGGGGCUGACGCGAGCUACACGACGCCGUACGAGACCGACGUCGUUGUCGUGGCGCCCGGGCAGACUGUUGACGCGCUCAUGGUCGCGGACGCGGCGCCGUCGCGGCGAUACUACAUGGUGGCCUCCCCUUACAACAGCGCGCGCCCCAGCAACCAGCCGUUCAGAAAAGGUACCGCCACCGCCGUUCUGGAGUACGCCAGCGCGCACAGAAGGACGCGCCGGCCGUUGUUUGCUCGGAUGCCACGGUUCAAAGACACGGCGACCGCGCACCGGUUCCUCACGAGCCUGACCGCGCUCGUCCGCCCAGGUCAGCCCACGGUCCCUCUCGCCGUGGACACCCGCAUGUUCGUUACUGUCGGGCUGGGCUUCGCGGAUUGCCGGCCGGAGCAGACGCGGUGCAAGAACCAGGUGUUCGCGGGCAGCAUGAACAACGCCUCCUUCGUUCUCCCCGCCACCAUAUCCCUCCUGGAGGCGCACUUCCGGAACGUGACCGGCGUCUACACGCGGGACUUCCCCGACAGGCCACUACUGGAGUUCAACUACUCUAGACCGCCGCGCAACAUGGACGUCACGACGACCAAGUCGACCAAGGUGAAGACGGUGAGGUACAAUGCGACGGUGGAGAUGGUGCUGCAGAACACGGCGCUGGUGGCGCGCGAGAGCCACCCGAUGCAUCUUCACGGUCACAACUUCUUUGUGCUGGCGCAGGGGUUCGGCAACUUCCACCAGGACACCGCUGAGAAGCGGUACAACCUCGUCAACCCGCAGGAGAGGAACACUCUCGCCGUGCCGCCAGGCGGAUGGGCCGUCAUCCGCUUCGUUGCCAACAACCCUGGGAUGUGGAUCAUGCAUUGCCACUUUGACGCUCAUCUGCCAAUCGGGUUGGCAAUGGUGUUCGAGGUGCAGGACGGGCCGACUCAGGAUACUGCACUUCCUCCACCACCGGCUGACUUACCCCAAUGCUGAGGUUGU